AUGCCGAAGCUACAGAAUACCACCUAUCUGAAAAACUACUUCUGCAACCAUCCAACACAACGCAAAACCGGGGUGGCCAUUCUCUUGGCAUCGAAACUGGAAUUCCAGGAGAUUGACAUCAUGCGAGAUCCUCAGGGUCGAUAUCUAUUCCUGAAAGGAUAUCUGAAUAAAACCUGCACGUUGGCCUCCAUCUAUGUACCCAAUAAGGGACAGGCACCAUUCCUGCGGAAUAUCUUGUCGAAAUUACAACUCUUCGCGGAAGGGACCCUCAUCCUGGGAGGUGAUUUUAAUGUACCUCUGGACCUGAUUCUGGAUUCGUCGACAGGACAUAGCAGUAUCCCGCAACGCAGCAUACGGUCCAUUCGUCGGGCGAUAGGUGACAUGGAUCUAGUUGACUGUUGGAGGACCCUCAAUCCACAGACAAAGGAUUAUACGUGGUAUUCAGCCCUCCAUAAUCGAUACUCCCGUAUCGAUUACGUCUUUAUCAGGCAAAUUGGUCUACCGAGAUUGUGCACGGCUAGAAUAGAUCCGGCGACGUGGUCGGACCAUGGAGCGGUUCACAUCACAAUGGAAUCUCCGCUUUAUCGCCCAGCCAAGUGGAUGUGUCGACUCAAUGAAGCGUUGCU